AAAGAAAGAAAGAAAAGGAGCGCUGGAACCUUGCAUUCUUUUGUUGGAGUGAGAGAGAAACAUAUAUAGAGAGAGAGAGAGAGUAAAAACAACGAAAGAUUUAGAGAGAGAAACGCCAGAUCUUCAUAUAUUCCACAAUUCUCUCGGCUUCACCGACAAUUUUCUCGAGAAAAUUUCGUUGUUUUCUCGGAGGAAUUCGAUCUCGGUUGUAUGUGUUUAGGUUACGUGAUCCGUUUCGUGUUGCCGCUUUGCCAGCCGGCUGGUUAAUCGAAUCGAAUCGAAUAGCGCUGACGAUCCAGCUCUCUCUUGCCAGGGUUUCCAUACGAUGAACAUUAAUGCUUGAUGAGUAUACUGUGAGAAUCUCUCCGUCUUCUGAAGCUAAGGAUAUAGACUCCUCUUGUUGCACCUGACAAAAAAUGUCAGGUCUAGAGGGAUUAGGGGCUCAUGAUGAAUUAAGAGAAAGAAGAUCUGAUUUUGAGAACUCUGAAGACGAGAGACGGCGAUCUAAGAUUGGGGCGCUUAAAAAGAAAGCGUUAAAUGCCUCCAAUAAGUUCACCCAUUCGCUCAAGAAAAGAGGAAAAAGAAAAAUUGACUACAGGGUUCCUUCAAUUUCCAUAGAGGACAUACGGGAUGCGAAAGAGGAAAGUGCUGUCCUGGAAUUACGUCAAAAACUCCAUGACAGGGAUAUGUUGCCCCCUAAACAUGAUGACUAUCAUACCUUGUUGAGAUUCUUGAAAGCUAGGGAGUUUAACAUUGAAAAGACAAUCCACAUGUGGGAAGAAAUGCUUAAUUGGAGGAAGGAGUAUGGAGCAGACGCCAUACUGGAGGACUUCGAAUUUGAAGAGCUGGAGGAAGUUUUGCAAUACUACCCUCAAGGUUACCAUGGAGUUGAUAGGGAAGGAAGGCCUGUUUACAUUGGGAAGCUUGGGAAAGCUCACCCAGGCAAGCUCAUGCGCAUCACCACGAUAGAUCGGUACCUAAAAUACCAUGUACAAGAAUUUGAGAGGACUCUGCAUGAGAAAUUUCCUGCAUGUUCGAUUGCAGCAAAGAGAUGCAUCUAUUCAACAACAACAAUUUUGGAUGUGCAAGGCCUGGGCAUCAAGAAUUUCACAAAGACAGCUGCAAGUCUCCUGGCAGCCAUGUCAAAACUUGACAACAGUUACUACCCUGAGACACUACAUCGAAUGUUCAUAGUCAAUGCUGGUCCUGGCUUCAAGAAGAUGCUUUGGCCUGCUUCACAGAAAUUCCUUGAUCCAAAGACAAUUGCAAAAAUACAGGUCCUGGAUCCUAAAUCCUUAUCCAAACUACUUGAAGCCGUUGACUCAAGUCAGUUGCCGGACUUCUUGGGUGGCUCAUGCACAUGUUCCGCUGAGGGAGGGUGCCUUCGGUCUAACAUGGGCCCAUGGAAUGAUCCUGCGAUAAUGAAGAUUGUACAUAAUGCAGAAGGCACAUUUGUGAGGCAAAUCACCAGAGUGUCUACUGACCAACAGAAAAUUAACCCUUAUAUUCAACUGCGGCCAUUGAAGGGGAGAAGUAGUGAUACCUCAACAGCGGAAUCAGGGUCAGAUGUUGACGAUUCAUGCUCUCCAACCAGACAAAGUAGCUCUAGAUUUCCGCGUCUGGCACCAGUACAUGAAGAAGGCAGGGCAUCAGAUCCUACAGCCUACUACAGCUGCAGUGAAGAUUUUAGCGAGAUUGAUAAAGCUAGUGACAUUGACCAAGGAAUGGGACAUUGUUCUGAUCAAUCACUUAGAUUCAAUGAUAGGGGAAAUUCAUCUAGUGAGGCAACACUCAAUUCACAAGUUCCAGGUACUCCAGUGGUCCAUUGGUAUGACACGGUCCUGGAAAAUGUUGAAAAAAUUAGCUUCCGUUUUGUGCCAAGAGUACUAAUGUCAUUCAUGGCCAAGAUGCUGGCAUUUAUUCGUAGCCUACCUUUGGAAUCUUGGAGAAGGCAGAACAAUAUUUAUCCAUCUAAUGUGAUGGAAGGCCCAACAGAGCGCUGUCCACCGAAUGCUGAAGCUGUCAGCGAAGAAGGCCGGAUCCUUCCAUGUGUACAGCGCCUCCAAAAACUAGAAGAAUUAUUUGAAGAACUGAACAAGAAGCCUGCUGAAAUUCCUUUGGAGAAGGAGCAAAUGCUUCACCAAUCGUUGGAUCGGAUCAAGUGCGUUGAGAUCGACCUUGACAAAACGAAGAGGGUAUUGCAUGCUACGGUAGUGAAGCAACUUGAGAUUGCUCAGUUGUUGGAAAAUUUGCAGCAGUCAAAAUGCCAUCAACGGAGGCUAUUCUGUUGAAUUCUCGAAGAUGAUUGGAAUAGGAAGAUAACUACACGUGUUGAUUGGCAAUACGCGAGUACAAUACAUGGAGCAAUGCUUUCCUGAAAAACGUGGAGUAGUACUAGUAAAUACUUGGAAAAACUGCAGGGAACCCUUUUUAUUUUGAUCCCUCUGUAAUUUUCAUUAUUCCUCUCUGGUUACGCCUUACCGUUAGUGCUUGAAAGGACCUACAGCUAUAGUUUUCAUGGGUUCUUCUGCUACUCAGAUUUGAGACAUUGUAGAGAAAAUGAAAAUAGGUUAAUGCAAAGUUUUACCAUGCGGCA